AUGGGCGGCGGCCGCCUCUCCUGGGGUCUGCUGGGGCUGGUGCUGGGGCUGGUGGCCGGGAAGGCGGGCGGCGGGGGCGCGGGGGGCGCGGGGCAGCCCCCCGCCGGGGGCUCGGACCCCUGGGCGUCCGGCCCCCCGGCCCCCGGCCGCCGGCGCCUGGCGCUGGGCGCGGCCGGGCGGGACGUGGUAGCUGUCCACAUGCUUCACCUCUACGACCGCUACACCCGCCAGGGAGGGCCGCCCGGACACGGAAACACCGUCCGCAGCUUCAAGCCCAGAGCCGAAAUAGUUGGCCAGAAGACCGUGUAUCAUUUCAACUUGACCUCCAUGCAGGACUCAGAAAUGGUUCUCGCUGCCACAUUCCACUUCUACUCCGAUCAACGCCUGCGGUCUCGAGAGGCGUUCUGCAAGCGGUCCAAGAACUCCUCCUGUCGCCUCCUCCACCCGGCCCAGCUCUCCCGGGCCAACCUGGUGUUCCGCAGUGCACCCCAGAAUGCUGCUUUCGGGGUGGUCAAGGGCAAUGUGACAGUUUACCCCCACCGGCGGGGAGCCUGGCAGGCCAGGGAUAUUUCCCCCAUCAUCAAGGAAGCCAAAUGGGAUGGGGAGCUCCUUCUCUUGGCCGAGUUCGAUUGGGGGGAGAGAGAGCGAGUCUUCCAUGAGCCGGACUCCAGCGACCUGCCCUACAUCCUGGUCUACGCCAAUGACCUGGCCAUCUCUGAGCCCAACAGCGUGGCAGUGACCCUCCAGAGGUACGACCCCUUCCCGGCCGGCGACCCGGACCCCAGCCGCUCGCCCAACGCAUCCAGCGACACCCGGGUGAGGAGGGACACGUACGUGCCUGGAUCCAUCCAGGACAAUGAACUGCCGGAGGACGACUACAACCCCCACCAUCCUCACGGCCCCCACCACCCCCUCGGCCCCCACGGCCCCCAUCACCACCACUAUCACAAACAUGACCUGUGGGAGAGUGCUUACAAGGCCCUCAAACCCAAAUCUCCCCGGAAGGACAGGAGAAAAAAGGGACAAGACAACCAUGAGAUGCUGACUAAAUCUCAGAUGUUGAAUUUCGAUGAAAAAACGAUGAAAAAGGCCAGGAGAAAACAGUGGAACGAGCCCAGAAUCUGCUCCCGCCGAUACCUGAAAGUUGAUUUUGCCGACAUCGGGUGGAAUGAAUGGAUCAUAUCCCCAAAAUCCUUCGAUGCCUAUUACUGUGCGGGGGCUUGUGAGUUCCCGAUGCCCAAGAUUGUUCGACCAUCAAAUCACGCCACAAUCCAGAGUAUAGUAAAAGCAGUGGGAAUAAUUCCAGGAAUUCCAGAACCCUGCUGUGUUCCUGAUAAAAUGAACUCCCUCAGCGUGCUUUUCUUGGACGAGAACAGAAAUGUGGUUUUAAAGGUGUAUCCCAAUAUGUCAGUGGAGACUUGUGCGUGUCGAUAAGUGUAAGGGACUGUACCUUUUACGAGAUCAAAGGGUUGCGGAGGGGCGGGGGGAGGGAGAGGGAGAGAGCAGGAAAAUCCCUAACUUGGCUACAGUACAUUAUUUUACACUGGGAAAGUUGUGCAUGAGAAAUGAAUUUGACUGUAUUUAUGAAUGCAGGUCCAAAGUGAAAUGAAGAAAGACUUUAAACAGACCAACACUUUUUAGAGGGAAUUCUCUUCUACUGUAGUGAUCAUUUUGGGGGUAUAUGAGAACUUAUGAUUUAGCUUCCUCUGGAGAUUUCAAAUGCAGGUAAAUCCCAUUUUACUCUUUUUAGGAAAGGACUCGAAUAUUUGGCUCGUUUUUAUGGUUUAACAUCAUUUCUCUUAUGCUGAGUCUGCCACAAACUUUAGAUUGAAAAGGGAAAUUGGAAUUGCUUGACAUAUUCUAGAGCUAUUUUAUCCUUUCAUCUCAUAAACUGGGAAAUGGACUAUGUAAAACCAUAGGAUAUCAAUUCUGUGCAAAUGAAAAGUUUUUUGUGUUUUUUUAUUAAAUACUCACGUUUUAUUUUAAUCCACAUAUUUAUACUGAAAAAGAAGGCUGUAAUAAAGGGCUUAAAUGUAUAUUUUCCUUGGAGUUCAAAUGUAGUGCACUGUAUAAGCUUUUAUAUAUAUAUAUAUAUAUAUAUACAGUAUGUUAAUAUAACCAAUUUGUGGUUACCUUUUCCUAAUAUAUAUUUUGUUUUACAAAAUGAGGGUAUGUACCCCAAAGAGUUGUCUGUUGCUGAAUAAUUUUGAGUUGUUAAACCUAUGUAUUCUUGGAAUAACACAUAUAGUAAUAUGUUUAAAUACUAAAAUAAAAUAACCAAGAUUUAUAUUUUUGUAAAUUAAACUUUCUAUACUGUAGAUGGAUUAUGUAAUGUGCUCUUACAAAAGUUAAUAAAUGAAAGGUACAGAAGUAUCUUUAAAACCUGAA